UUUUCUAUUUCAUGGUGAUCUGUUUGUAUCGUAGUGUGUUUAUCUUAUGACAAAUCGUUUGUGGGUCUGAUACAAUUGACGAAUAACAUAAUUUAUAACUUGUAGUUCUAUCUAAUAUUCAAUAUGAAAAAGAGUAAACUUCCGAAGAAUUGGAUCAUUGUCAGCUCGAAGAGUCACCCAGAUAGGAUAUAUUACUUUAAUGUAAAAACAAAUAAAUCCACAUGGAAAGAGCCUGUGUUAGAACAAGCUAAUAAUAAGCCCUCAGAACAUAUUAAGAAACGACGUAAAAAUUAUCAUGAAGAAGAAGAACGUUCUAGAGCAAGAACACCUGAAUAUGAUUUUGUUGAAAAUAAAACAUCUCAACAGCAAUCAUUAAAUAAUAGGAAGAUCUCUCAAGUAAAAAGGAAGUCUUCUCAGAAAACAAAGAGGACAGUAGAGGAAAAACAAAAUAAUCAGACAAAUACAAAUCUUGCACAUGCAGAAUUGCCGAUGCAGAAUUUAAGAAAAAAUUUGCAUUAUGGAAUACAAAAAUAUGAAAGAGAUAACUGUUCUAUAAUUGAUAAGAAAUCUUUAAAAAGAGUCGGUAAAACUUUGCCUGUUUCCUGUUUGGAAGAAGAUGAGACACCACAAAUGAAAGCACUACGAGAAAAAAUACUCCAGAAGAAAUUGGCAAAAUCAGCUAUCAAGAAUAACCUUUUGGGUAAAGAACAAGAAUAUAAUUUUACUUCUCCAUCUUUAAGCAAAUUUUUGGAACUGACUAAAGGUAAUGAAACAACUGUUUCAUCACCAAAAGAACAAUACUCAAAAUUGAGAGAAUAUAAUAAUGUAAUUUCAUCCCCAAGAAGCACUUCUUCAACAUGGUCAAGAUAUAACAAAGCAAUUAUAUUUUCAAAUGAAAGUAAUAAUGAAACAACAUUUACACCACAAAUGAAGAUUCUUUGUGAAAAAAUUAAAGAAAAAUCAGGUACCUUUGUUCCAGACAAAAUAUUAAAGAAAGAUUUAAAAGGUGAGCAAGAGCUAAAAAUCACGAAACAAACAUUAGUGAAAACUUCAAGAAAACAAGAGAAGAAUAUACCAAAUAAAAGAAGUGCUGAUUGGAGUAAAUAUGAUGCUAAGCCAAAGCGUAGUUACCAGACAAAGAAAAAUUUGGCACAAGAUCGUAUGCAAAAAUUAAGAGAAAGUUUGCAUCAUGAAAUGCAAAAACAUGAAGACUGUUCUAUAAUUACUGAAAUACCCUCAGAAGGACUCAACAAGAUUUUGCCUGUUUCAUGUUAUAGCAAAAACUUUGAAUCGACAAGCAUUCAUAAGAAUACGGAAGUUCGACUUAAGAGAUUACAUAACAGAGUCUUGAAGGAAACAAUAUAUAAAAGGAAUGCUAAGUUAAAAAAUGACUUACAUGUUCAACAGAAAAGGGAACUAUGUGUCAGUAAUAUGACAAAAGAUAAAUUAAUAGAACGAACGAACCGAGAAGUUUUGUAUGAGGAAAUGGACUGGGAACCAAUGAAAGAUGAAGAAAUUACAUUAGAGGUUGAAGUUGUCAGAGCACAACUUAAUAGUAAAAAUUGCACGAAUGUGUCCAACUGUCCAUCGGAGAAUACCACGGUGUUAACACAGCCGAUAGAAUCACAGGAGAAAGGUCCAUUGUACAUUGUAAUCGAUACAAAUGUAUUUCUGACAAAUCUUGAAAUUAUUGAACAAGCAAGAGAUGUCACCUUCAAGAAUUAUCCACGUCCAUUUAUAGUAAUUCCAUGGACUGUAAUACGUGAAUUGGACUACUUGAAAAGUGACAAAUCUAGAUCUGAAACUUUGCGUACAAAAGCCAGAACAGCUAUAUCAUUUAUUAAUGAACAUUUUGCAUCCAAACAUCCACGUAUCGUAGGCCAAACACGAGAACAAGCAUCAACGAAUAAAGAAGUCUUUUUUCUCGAUUGUCCAGAUGAUGAGGUUCUUCAAUGCUGUUUACAAAUUAAGAACUUAAAAAAAGAUGUGGUUUUACUAUCAUAUGACAAAAAUCUCUGCACUAAAGCAAUGAUACAUUGUAUAACAGCAGUGGGGCGGCAUGAUUCUCUUGAAACAUUAGACAAUUUGAAUACAAGUGACGAAACAGUUAAUCCUCUGAGUAAUAAAGUUACUCAAUGUUCUCUCUUAAGUGAAGAAUUACGUUUUUCAGAUGAAUUUUUCGAAGAUGCAAAAUUAAUCAUGAAAGAUCUUUUUUCAACAAUUAUCGUUAAACAAAUGACAGAGUGUUUUGGAGAAGAAUGGGAGACAUAUGUCAUUAUAAAGCCACCUUGGACUGUAGUGACUGCAUUAAAAUGCAUUGUAAAGCAUUGGAUCGCUGCUAUAAACGGAUCUUUCCAAACAUAUGCUGAGUCUAUUACACGGGAAUUACUUGAAAUCUUCGAACAUUUACCGGUUGGUGGCAGAAAGUUGCAAGACGUGGAAUACGUCUUAGAAAAAUGCAGUGAUCUGAUACAAGCAAUAAAUACAGAUAAGCAUUAUGAGCUUAUGGUACAAUCAUUUAAUGCUAUUAUGGAACUCAAGAAAAAAUGUCUCAAGUGUAUCGUUGAUACAGAUCGGAAAAAAUUACACGACAAAAUAGGUAUUGUAGAGGAUGCUCAAAUACAAGAACAAAGAGCAGAGAAAGUACUUCAGUGCUUUAAGCAAAUUUACAGUUAUGCGCGUGAUCUAUGUGGUUUGGCGGCCCACAUCACAGGAAAAGUUUAUCCUCUCGGCUACAAUCCUAUAAAUCCACCUUUGCCAGAUGUAACUGUAAGACGUUUGCAUCCAGACAUUACCAAAAAAGUGACUGAUUUGUCAUGUAAUUUAAAUAAGUUACUGGAGCAAGCUGAAAAUGAUUCUAUAAAAUAUCAGACAUUGAUCGUUUUGCAGCAAGAUUUGAAUUCAUUUUUAGCUUACAAAGAAAUAGUAACGUUGGAAUUGGAACCUUUGGAUAUAUUUUGCUGUGUCACAUUAAAAGAAGAAGUAUUAAAGUUUGGUUUGAGACAACUACAAGAACUGAGUACACAUUCUCGCGCAUUAUACUUAACUACUUGUACAUAAAUUCACAUGCACCAUAUAAUAUAAUCUUUUUGUUAAACGUAUACGUGUGCGUGUGAUAUGAAAGAGAGAAAGAGAGAGAGAGAGAGAAUAAUAUAUUAACAAAUAACAAUUAUUAAAAAAUUAACAUGUGGUAUUGGACAAAAUAUAGUGGGUGGAAGAAACAAAGCAUAUAUAAACAUUUAAAAAGUAAUACAAGAUAUAUACAGCUUCUAUCCUUUGUUGGAUACACAUAAUUUC